CACCCGCCCGUCCUGCCAGCACCGGGCAGCCAGUCGCUUCCCCUCUCUCGGUGUCUCCCUUCCGUCUCUGCUGGUGCUGGGCACUGUUAACUCAUCUACCCGAUCUCUGCCCUUCCAGGUUCCCCGGAGGAUGGAGCCAUCACCGGUGAGGACAAAAGUCCCCUCCUUCCUGUCCGACCUGGGGAAGGCCACGCUCCGGGGCAUCCGGAAAUGUCCCCGCUGCGGCACUUACAAUGGCACCCGCGGCCUGAGCUGCAAGAACAAGAACUGCGGGACCGUCUUCCGCUAUGGCACGCGCAAGCAGCCCAGCGUCGACGCCGUCAAGAUCAUCACUGGCUCUGACUUACAGGUUUAUUCGGUGCGGCAGAGGGACCGGGGACCGGAUUACCGGUGCUUUGUGGAGCUGGGGGUCUCGGAGACGGCCAUCCAGACGGUGGAGGGGACCAUCAUCACGCAGCUCAGCUCUGGCCGCUGCUACGUGCCGGCGUGUCUGAAAGCGGCCACGCAAGGCGUGGUGGAGAACCAGUGCCAGCACGUCAAACUGGCCCUGAACUGCCAGACCGAAGCCACUCCGCUCACCCUGAAAAGCUCGGUGCUCAACUCCAUGCAGGCUUCGCCCGAAACCAAACAAACCAUAUGGCAGCUGGCAACCGAGCCCACGGGGCCGCUGGUGCAGCGGAUCACCAAGAACGUCCUGGUGGUGAAGUGCAAGGCCAGCCAGAAGCACAGUCUCGGCUACCUGCACGCCUCCUUCGCCCAGAGGGUGAGCGCGAAGACGCUGGUUGACCACAGGUUCUCCUGCUCCUGCCAGGCUCUGAAGCCCAGCAAGGGCGGCCCAGCUGAGGAGGAGACGACGCCGACGACACCAACACCGCGCUGCAUUCACUUCUUCGCCUGCAUCUGCGCCUUCGCCAGCGACGAGAGCCUGGCGCAGGAGUUCGCCGACUUCCUCGCGUACGACUCAGGCGGUCUGAAAGGGCUCGUGGUCCCACAGUCAGUCGGCAGCCCCGAAUCCCCAGGGCAGGCUGGGGAGGCAGCUGCUACCAAGCCCAAGAGGAGGAAGAAGGAUGCAAUGGCUGGGGCGCAGGCAACCGGCCCUCUCCUGGCUCAGGACCCGGCUCGCAGCAACCCCAGGAGAAGCAGCCUGAAGAAGCCGGCCGUCGCCUCCUCGCUGAAAAGACAAGGCUGCAACCAGCUGCUGGACGAGUCGCAGGUGACCCUCUCCUUCCAGGACUGGCUGGCCAGCGUCACCGAACGCAUCCAUCAAACCAUGCAUUACCAGUUUGAGGGCAAGCCCGAGCCGCUGGUGUUCCACAUCCCUCAGGCUUUCUUUGAGGCGCUGCAGCAGAGGAUCUCCAGCGGGAGCACGAAGAAGCGGCUGCCCAACUCCACCACAG